UAUUCAACUCCCUUGUUUAACCACACUUUCAUUUCUUGUUGAAGUCAAACAAGGAAAAGAAAAUCAUUCAGCUCAGAUUCAUGGCUACGCUUAUGACAAAUCUGCUGCUCACGGCAUGCAUUGCUCUUUUCUUUGUAUCAGCUGCCACCGCCGUCGGCGACUCCCCCUUCAUCAUCGCUCACAAGAAGGCAUCGCUCACCAGACUCAAAUCCGGCGCUGAGCGCGUCUCCGUCUCUAUCGACAUCUACAAUCAAGGCUUCUCGACGGCAUAUGAUUUGAGUCUUGUGGAUUAUAGCUGGCCCCAAGAUGCAUUUGAUGUUAUCAGUGGAAAUAUUUCUCAGUCAUGGGAGAAACUUGACGCUGGUGGUAUUCGAUCACAUUCAUUUGAAUUAGAGGCCAAAAAACAAGGCAUGUUCUAUGGUGCCCCAGCAGUUAUCUCUUUUCGCAUUCCCACAAAGGCUGCUCUACAGGAGGCAUAUUCAACUUCAAUCUUGCCGUUAGAUGUCCUUGCAGAAAUACCUCCUGAGAAGAAGUUUGAGUGGGCUAAGAGGUUGCUGGCUAAGUAUGGAUCUCAAGUCUCUGUGAUAUCAAUUGUGGGUCUAUUCAUCUACCUGAUGGUUACCCCAUCAAAAUCCAAUGGUUUGAAAGCAAUCAAGAAGAAGCGCUAAGUAUUUGUAGCUGAGCUGAAUGCGUGAGCUUUUCUUUCAAUUGGCAGUUUCAAGAAGUUUUUUCUUUCUAUUUUUUGCUUUUGUUGUCGGAACUUUAGAAUUAGAUGGACAUUAACUGAGUUGAGUGCAAGAUGAAUCAACUAAUUCUCACUUCCUAGACCUUGACUUGAUUGAAACAUGUAAUGCUUAAAAAGAAGCAGGACUGAUCUUGUAAUCGGAUGUCAGUUUUGAAAUUUAGCACUUUUUUACGUUUUA